AAAUUACGAUGUUGACAGGUCGGUGAGGCAUUCCAAUGCAAACUAUUCCUUGAUCAGACUUUAAAAAACGCAGGAUUCGGGGAUAGAUAUACGGAGAUAUAAAACGUAGUUCGAGACCCAGCACCAGUUUCCCGAUCCGUGGAAUCUAUAUAGCGAUCAAGAUGCGGAGGAUGCAGAUUUUGAUUCAGACGCGAGAUGGGCGCAAGAGCAUCUACGAGGUGGAUCGCUUCGGGACGGUGGGUCAUCUCAAGGAGCGAAUCGGACGCACCAUGUGCGUGCCCAUGGGCUUCAGUCGGCUGACCCACAAGGGUCGCAUCCUGCCGAAUCAAAGUAUCCUCGAGGAUGUGGGCGUUAAGCGGAUGUCCACCUUGGAUCUCUACUGGCAACCGGUAGUCCUAACGCCCAAGCAACUGAGCGAAAAGGAGGGGGAUCUGGACAAGUUGGAGCAGAAAAAGAAAAAUGUGCAGUCUGGAAUGGUUGAGGGUUAUGACCAGAUGGUCAAAACUGGAGGGAUGAUGAAGGCCUCAAGCAUUUUCCUGGAUAACGAUGUUUCGACUCAAGCAGACAGCUCCAAUUCACUGAUCCUAGACGACGACGAUGAUUAUCUUGAUGACCAGGGCCUGAUAACCCCAUCCUCUGAUGCCCUGGAUUUCCUGGGCAACUCUCUUAGUCCCAUUAAGUCCGAUGAUCUUGAGGAAAAUAUGUCGAUGGAUCUUUUGCCGGUGGUGCUACCCCCAGAUCCUUUGGUUCUACCAAAGAUUCCGGAGAUCAGUGCACCCACGAAGCCAUCAAAUCACAAGAAGAAGGGCAAGAAGAACCGCAAGAAGAAGUAGACAGUUCUAUAUUUUUUCAAUUCUAUCCUUUGCCGCAUUUCAGUUCGAAAUUCUUCCUGACCAACUUUUCAAACUACGUUUUGAAACCUAAAUUUGCGUUACAAGCAAACUAAUAAAACUUCGAUUAC